CACAGAGCUCUUAGUUUUCAGCUGCUAUCAAUUUCGAAAGAAAACCUAGAGACCUGUUUAAUUUUGCUUUAUUUUGUUGUGAAAUCGUGCAGAGAACUGUGAAAACGUUUCGUUUUGAGGCUUCUGUUGAAUGUCAGGUUCUAGCUUUUGUUGAUAUUGUCAGUAGGAACUAUUGCUUUUGCUGCAUGAAUUUCACAUUUUGAUUUGAUAAUUUUCGCAAUGCAAUUAGUGUCAAGUGAUAGUCAUAACGAAGAUGUUUCAGAAAGUGAACCUAUCUUGUCUCAGUCUGAGAGUUUGCAAAGAUCGGAAGAAUCUUCUUCUGUAUCUUCUUCUUCGUCGUCUUCGUCUGAAAUUACAGCUGUUAGAGGGGAUUGUGUUGUUGUUGCUGAUGUACACGAUCUUUAUGUCGAUGAAACUAGCCAUCUGGUGAAUGCCGACCAACCACAAUGUCGUAUAUGUUUCGAUAUUGGAGGAGAAGACUUGAUUGCACCAUGCAAUUGUAGAGGCACUCAAAAGUAUGUGCAUAGAUCAUGUCUUGAUCAUUGGAGGUCAACUAAAGAAGGUUUUGCUUUUUCUCACUGUACAGAGUGCAGGGUAGCGUUCCUAUUACGUGCUAAUGUUCCAGCUGACCGCUGGUGGUUGAGAUUGAAAUUUCAGUUCCUUGUUGCUAGGGACCAUGCAUUCAUUUUUAUCGUUGUUCAGCUGAUUGUGGCAUUGUUGGCGGUGCUGGUGUACAAAUUUUAUGGGGAGGAACUAAGAGAAAUGUUUGGUUAUGAUGAGCAUCCUUAUGGGUUUUAUAUUAUGGCUGGUUUAGCUAUUGUUUUGGUGGGUUUGCUCUACGGUUUCUUCAUAGCCAUAAUAUGUGGACAGAGGAUCAGUGAACGACACUACCAUGUUCUGGCCAAACAAGAACUAACGAAGGAAUAUGUGGUGGAGGACCGAGAAAAUAAUAAAAAUAUCCCGGAGCUUGAUCAGAGCCAUAUCACAGAGCUAAGAAUGUUAGGCCUUUAUUAAUGUGGAAGUAUGUGCAUUCUAUGGUUCUUUAUGGUCAUGAUUUCCCCAUACUAGGUGUCAUUUCAUAUGGCAUUGAGCGACAGUUUAUAAUUGGUCUUGUUCCCUCCAGAACUCGUAUAUCGAGCACCGCAUGUCAAAGUUUCCAUCAAACCGCACAGGCAUAAGGAGUAUAUUUUUUUUCACCAUCAAGUUAUCAAUGUUUGUUCUUAGAUAUCACUUUUAUAGAAACGAAAAGCUUAUAGAGUUACCCAAAAUCAUUUGUUUAUACCUUUUGUGCAUGAUGCCAUGUAAUCUUUGUUUAUUUUUUACAUAGAUGAAAUUAGAGAAAGCUGAAAUGCAUAAUUUUUUUUUUUUUUUGAAUGUUUACCAAAAUCUGUCUUUUUCUUCUUGUGUAACUUGUUGGUAUUUCUUAAUAAAUUUGUUUAGACUUAGAGCGCAAGCGAAAAGUCUUCUAGUAAGACGGACUUCUGUGUAGCUGUUGAAUCAUGGCAAGUCAUGUCAGUUAUUUAAGUCUUUUUUGAAGUAUAUUCAUUCAACGUAGAACUGAUAUACGGAUUUUAUAAAAUGAUUGUUCGAUUUAUUUUUGAAUUAUUGGUUACGAAUUAUGAUUAUGUCAUGUUAAUUUAUAUUUCUUUUUCUGUCAUAAGAGUUGGGAUUAAGGUGUAAAACCUAGUAUCACUCUGUUCAAUAAUUAUAAAUUUAUAAUCAUAUGGAAAAGGUUAUUCUUCUACGAAAUAUAUGCCUUUUCAUUUUAUUAUUAAAAGAAUAGAUAAGGAGAGUAUGAUAGAACAAAAAUAUUGAUUUUAAUAACACAGAUUUUUGAAAAGUAUUCAGACUUCCAAAAGAUUAAUUAAAUUGUUGAAAACCUCUUUUAAAUUAUCAAAAACCUCAUAAUAAACUGUUUGUAAUAAUUUUUGAAAAUAUUAGUAAUAUCCAUUAAAUUAAAUAGUUCUUUAGCAAAUGGAUGAUAAUAUAUAAUGAUACGAGAAAAUCUAGACUACAUCAGUGUUGACACCUUAUAUUGUUGAUGUGGUACCACAAAUCACUUGAUAGUUGAUUGAUGCCUAUUAAAUUUAUAUAAAAUAAAAACUAAAUCACUUUUUAACACAUUAACUCAGUUAAAAAGAAAUCAAGCUUUAAUAGAACACUUUAUACUGAUGACAAUAUUGCCGGAAUUUGAUAAAGUUUGGUCUCCAUCAGAACGGGCCGGAAUAUUGCCAGAAUCUCUCAACUAACUAUUAGAACCACGACGAAAGAGGUGACAAUAAUGAGUGAAUUUCAAAGUUUAGAAGUGUUGGUUCUCUCGUCAAAACAAUUUGAAUUUACCAUUGCCCGCCAAAACCACUGUAACUGUAAAUAACACUUGAGAAAUAUAAGGUCAGAUUAAGC